UAGGCCUUUCGGUUUGCGUGGGCGGCAGGCCUGCCGCGGGGAGGGUGGGAGCUGUCGCAGCCGCUCACGGCCUAUAAUACCCCGGGACACUGCUAAUUAAGACUUUCCUGCAGAUGGAAGAACUGGAGCAAGGCCUAUUGAUGCAGCCAUGGGCAUGGCUACAGCUUGCCGAAAACUCCCUCUUGGCUAAGGCUUGUAUCACCAAGCAGGGCUAUGCCUUGUUGGUUUCAGAUCUUCAAGAGGUGUGGCAUGAACAGGUGGAUGCAAGUGUGGUCAGCCAGCGAGCCAAGGAGCUGAACAAGCGCCUGACUGCCCCCCCUGAGGCUUUUCUCUGUCAUUUGGAUGAUCUGCUUCGCCCACUGUUGAAGGACAUUGUUUGUCCUGGAAAAGCUACCUUCUCCUGUGAGCGUGUGGCGGGGGCACUGAUGUUACAGGUGCGGAGUGAGCUCUCUGGUCUCCCCUUCUAUUGGACUUUCCACUGCAUCCUGGCUAGCCCUUCCUUGGUCUCCCAGCAUUUGAUUCGUCCUCUGAUGGGCACGAGUCUGGCAUUGCAGUGCCAAGUGAGGGAGCUGGCAACAUUGCUUCGUAUGAAAGAUCUAGAGAUCCAGGACUACCAGGAGAGCGGGGCUACACUGAGCCGAGAUCGGUUGAAGACAGAACCAUUUGAAGAAAAUUCUUUCCUGGAACAAUUUAUGGUAGAGAAACUACCAGAGGCAUGCAGUGUUGGUGAUGGGAGACCCUUUGUCACGAAUCUACAAAAUCUGUAUAUGGCAGUCACCAGACAAGAGGUCCAAGUGAGACAGAAGCAUCAGGACGCUGGAGCUCCUCAGACCUCAAGUAGUGCCUCUGCACAAGGAACUGAUAACCAACUUCUGAACCAGCCAGAAGAGCCAGUUUCCUCAGCACCAUCUCUCCCAGUGCCUGACAGAGAGCCCACAGGUACUUCAGGCCCUGUGAAGAGACCUCAGCUGUCCAAGGUCAAGCGGAAGAAGCUAAGGGGUCUCUUCAGUUAAGCCACUGUCUCAACUGCUGAGGAUGGACCCGGAGAACAGUUACUGGUGCCACCUCGAAAGGAGCUUCUGGGGCAACAGGAUCUCUGACACAGUUAUGUCCUCAGAGGCUGGAUCACUGAAAUUCAUAUUCACAGGCCACCUGAAUGAGUGCUAUUAACUGAGGGAAUCUUGGCUCCACCCACUGGGCAUUGGCCUGUCCCAGUGGAAGCCAGUCUCUGGGAAUCCCAUACCUUCCUCUCUUUUGGUGGAGGCUCUCUAGACCCAUGACCCUACCAUGGACUUUAGGUGUAUAGAACAAGUCAGCAAAAAAAGGCACAACAUGCUUAGGAAGCCUUGCCUACCUUUCUCAAGAGUCCCUAGCCAAUUCCAGGUGCUCCUCAGAGACCCUCUUCUCUCUUUAGCAUGGAACAAAAAGCACUCACACUCCCCUGCUUUUGAGAGGACUUAUUCUUCGGAACACAUUACCCACUUCACGUUAUUGGAUUCCACUCCAUUGUUGUCUCUUGAUAAAGUCUAGGGCCUCAGCCCAAUCAUUUGGUUCCUCAUGUGCUUCUCUACUAUGGCUUGUGCUAAGCCUGCAUGUGGGAACUUUGAUCUUGAGAACUGUCUCCCUGGUGGGCACAAGACAGAGCAGAUGGCUUAUGCUCUCCUUUGCCUAAUUGAUGUGGUGGUGGUUUUUUGUCUGUUUCCAAGGCAUAGACAACAGGUUAAACUACAGUAGGGCCAAGGUAGUUUCCCACUGGAAUGGGAGAAAAAAAAAUUUUACCUUCCCAUCCUUUGCUCCACUUCAAAUAACAAAGUAACUAGAAGAACUAGGAAAGAUAGGAUGACAGGGAACAGGAAAUAGCCACAGGAGUUCUCUGGGACAACAUAAUUGACUUAUAGAAUGAAUAGUGCUUAGUAAGAAAAAACAUAAAGGCCGUAUGAGAUAGGCAGAAUCUUAGAUAGAAAGUCAACUCUGGACAGAUCUGGACAAUGUAGCAGACCAGAUUGGCAAAAUCCCUUGUUCCUCUCUGCUAGGUUUUCCUAUAUAGGUAAACCAUCUGAAACUCUACCUUGGAGAGACAGGAAGGAAAGUAGAACUCAGAUGUUAACUGGGAUCUGUAGGGUAGAGGAAGGGGUCAGGGGCAGAAUCCACAGAGGCCUUUUCUGAUUUAUUUACAUAUGGUGGUCAAAUGCCUCCUCGCCCUCAUAUUCUCUCUGGGAUUGGUGUUUCUGUCCUUAUGUCAAGUUCUGGGAGAGUGGGCAAUCCAAGCAAUAAUAAAAUAAUGAUUAUAAAGAAAACAACAAUAACAUUUAUUGAGCAGUUAAUGUAUACCAGGUUAAUAAGUGCCUGACAUUGAUUCCUCACAGCAUCAGAUGGGGAAGAUACUGCUAACCCACUAGGAGAUGGAGUCUUGAAGAGAUUAAGUGGCUUAUCAAAGGUCACACAACUAAUAAGUAAGAAUUUGAACCCAGACAGCUGAGUUCCUCAUUCUAUACAUUACUGAAAACAUUUUCCAGGGAGGAUGUCAGAUUCUUCUUUCCUAUCUUCCACGGUGACAUCCUUCAAUGGCCCUGCCUACUUUCAAUAGGA